CCACGUGUCUGCUCUCAUUGUCUAGCCUGUGCCCUAGCAAGCAUUAGUGCUGCGGCGGCCCGGGCUUUCUUAAACUAGAACCUAUCUCUCACUGCCAGUUAUAGUCGUUUGUACUAUGAGUUCGGACAUUCAAAAAGCUUCGAGUGGUGGUUGCCUUCACCCUAAAAUUACCCGGGAGAGAACGGAUUUGAACCGGAUGGUUACCGCUCCCAAGACCGGCAAAUGUUACUGCCGAGGGCGGCUGCUCGGAAAGGGUGGAUUUGCAAGAUGCUACGAAAUGACUGAUCUCUCCAGUAAAAGGAUAUAUGCAGUUAAAGUUAUUCCACAUUCCAGAGUGUCUAAGCCUCAUCAGAAAGAGAAAAUUGAAAAGGAAAUUGAACUCCAUAAAUCCCUGUCCAAUAAACACAUAGUGAAAUUUUACCAUAACUUUGAAGAUGAUGAAAAUAUUUAUAUCUUUCUGGAGCACUGCAGUCAUAAGUCAUUAGCGCACAUUUUGAAAGCAAGAAGAACGUUAACAGAGCCAGAAGUCCGGUAUUACCUCCGACAAAUUAUCUUAGGCCUAAAGUAUCUCCACGUUCGGGAUAUUCUUCAUAGAGAUCUCAAGCUAGGUAAUUUCUUUGUCAAUGAGAACAUGGAAGUGAAAGUUGGAGACUUUGGUUUGGCAACAAAGCUUCUACCAGUUGACCAGAGGAAAAGGACAAUCUGUGGUACCCCAAACUAUCUAGCACCUGAAGUACUAAACAAACAAGGCCAUGGUCCUGAGGCUGACAUCUGGUCUUUGGGCUGUGUAAUGUACACCAUGUUGUCUGGCCGGCCUCCAUUUGAGACCUCUGACCUCAAGGACACCUACAGAUGCAUUCGAGCAGUUGAGUACAGCAUGCCAUCAUCAUUUUCAGCUGCUGCAAAGGAUCUUGUCAGUAGCAUCCUAAAGAAGAAUCCAGAACAAAGACCUACACUAGAUGCGGUUAUGCACCAUGACUUUUUUACAAAAGGCUUUAUACCUGAUGUGCUCCACCCAAGCAGCUGUUUAAUGGUUCCUGAACUGAAUAUCCCAACUCCCACUAAAAACUUCUUGAAAAAGUUUACUGAAGCUUUGUUUUUUAGGAAAAAAAACUCAAAAGAUACGAAAACCAUUUGUGUGGAGAAGGAUGAUAUUUCCAAGCUUGCUGCAGAUCUUGUAAAGACCUCCAUCCACAGACAGACCAGCUAUAAAACUGAGAAUGCAACUGAGCCUACAUUUCCAACUGGCCAAACAGCAAACACCUUUCAGAGAGGAACUGAAGAUGAUUCAAAAAAGUUAAUCACUGAAACAGAAGGUGCUAAUUAUGAAACUGCUGAAGAUGGGUCUGUAGCUCAGCAAAUGGCAGAUGCUGCUUCCCACGUUCUCGAAAGCUGUCUUUCAGCCAUGCCAUCAGUGAAAAAAAGCCCAGUUGGACACAGCCUACAUAGGUCCAAACCCUUCUUGUGGGUUACCAAAUGGGUUGACUACUCCAAUAAAUAUGGCUUUGGUUACCAGUUGUCUAAUCGUAGCAUUGGUGUCCUGUUCAAUGAUGGAACUCAUAUGAGUCUCUCUGCAGACAGGAGGAGUGUGUAUUAUUACCUCAAUAACCACCAGCAUUUUUCCUUCUCUGCCUCUGCAAUUCCAGAGCAGCUAGUGAAACAGAUGACAAUUGUCCAGUAUUUUGCCAAUUACAUGGAAGAAAACUUAAUGGAGGGAGGCAACUUGCCCAGAACAUUCCUUGAAGAUUGUCAUGAUCCAUCUUUGUUCCUGUUGCAGUGGGUUAAAACUGAUCAUUCCCUAUUGAUGCUGUUCAACAAUGGUACUUUACAGGUUAACUUUUAUCAUGAUCACACAAAACUCAUUCUGUGUAAAGCUGACCAUUCUUAUCUACUUACUUAUAUCAACAAAGAUCGUGUUGCCUGCACAUACAGAUUGAGCACUAUAAUGGAACUAGGCUGUUCACAAGAACUCCACCACCGUCUGACAUAUACACUGAAACUGUUGCAACAGCAACAGAAGGCAAAUCACAUAUGAAUCAAUCACUUUUUGAGGAGGAAUAUAACAUUACUUCUACUAUGGACUCUUACUUGGUGCAAACUAUUGAACCACCUGGCAAGAAAAGCUGCUGUUUAUUUUGGAGGCGUGGAAUCUGAAGUCAGACUAUUGGUGGUUUAUAAUCGUGUCUGUUUUAAAUGUCACUAAUGAGAAGGAUAUGUUCACAUAAGCGAGCUGUUGAAGUUUUUUUGUUUUUCCACUCCCUCCAUGCUAGAGUUUGAAGAACUUCAGUGGGAAGUGAAAUUUGCCACAGUUUCCUAAUUAUACCCUAAAAUUGACUUGUAUAAAUUUAAGCCGCUGUUCUGGUGCAUCAAAGGUUUUUUCAAAAUCUCCUGAUUUUUACUGGUAUGGAAAGCAAAUCUUUAUCUCCCACUUAUCACCUGGCAAGCUUUUAACUACUUGGCUUUGAGUUUGCUAAGUCUUCAACCUCCUCUAAGAAAACCAUGCUGCCUCUAUAUUGGUAAGAAUGUUUCAGAAUGCAGUGGGUCCAGCUCCAUUUCAAAACUGGCUAAUUUGGGUCAGAUUAUGUUGAAUGCUAACACUGGGAAUGGCAGAUGCUUAUUGCAGAUGGAGUGCAGGAUAAUCCAUUGUUCAUUCUAUCAAGAUCUGGAUAGACCAGAAUGGAUCAACCUACUUUGAUUUGGUUCCUUAGUGCCAUGAACAGUGUGUUGCUUUUCCCUUUUUUUGAAUGAAAGCAAACUCUUCUACAUUUUAAACUAAUCGAUGUGUACAGGCUUCGGUUACUGACUUUUUUUUUUGUUUUAAAAAGCUAGGUUCGAAAUCAAAAUCCUGGUUUGAUACAUCUGUGUAAUGACCUGCAUUUUCUG